GUAACCAUAAUCCUAACUUUAGACAGCAAUAAAAUACUUUAGUUAAUGGCCAAUUCUCUCGAUAGAGACCUCUAAUAUCAAGAAGAUGGCAACGUCUCCUGAAAUGAUGUGCUGCUUCUGCCCUGCACCACUAAAACAAUUUCUUGAAAUUGUGAUUAACAUGAAAUUUGAUGAUGAGCCUAACUAUUCCAAGCAAAUCUCCCUGUUCGAGGGACUGAUUGGACCAAAUCCUGCUAUAAGGCCAAUAAACACUGAUGGUGCUCAAAAGAUUAUAUAUCAAGUUGGUCAAAAGCGAAGUAGAUUGAAUAUUGAGGAGGAUGAGGAUGGGCUCCCUAAGAAGAAGGUUCAUCUAGGAGUUCCUGCCACACAGUGGAUUUCAAUUUACAAUGCAAGGCAACCUAUGAAACAGAGAUAUUUCCCAUAUAGGAGUGUGCUUCUUGUGGAAUGCAUGUCUGUGGAGAAUCUGGACGGAGAGGAAGAAAGGAGGAGAUUCUCGAAUGAGGAAAAGGAUCCAAUGACUUUGAAAGAAUUGAACGAGGAGUCCUAUGAAGUCACGCGCCACAAGUUAUCUGAUUCGUCUGCUCUGUCUGUUCUGCAAGUGAAGCCAUCUAAAGUGCUUUUAGCCACCUAUACCCUAAAGGAUGAAUCUCGAAGAUGGUGGCUGUUAAUUCGAAACGACAAUGGAAACAUGUCAUGGGUUCAAUUCAAGGAGAUCUUCUACGACAAAUAUUUCCCUUAG